AUUCCUGCUCAAAACAGAUGACGUUGCACCCGGAAGUUGUGGUUUCAUCAGUCGAGUACAUUUAUAUAUUUUUCCUUCCCAGGAUAUUGUUCAAAUUAGCAUUUACAACUGAAUACACACCACGACGCCUGAAGGAUUUGGUGGAAGAAUACCAACGAUGAAGGGAUUGCUUCAAAUCGUUUUGCUUUUCCUCUCUGUAGCUCACAUCAGAAGUUGGAAUGAAGCUCCAGGUAGUGUUUUGCUCCGAGACGUGCAGGUACUCACCCUGUACAAGGGCAAGUACACCACUGCCAGACGCAGUAGUGCUGUACCUCAGCUGCAGUGUGUUGGAGGCUCAGCGGGCUGUGGAUCCUUCCUUCCUGAAGUGGUUCAAUGCAAAAACAAAGGCUGGGACGGAGUCGACGCGCAGUGGGAGUGCAAAACGGACAUGGACAACGCCUACAAAUUUGGUCGGAUAGAGGUCAGCUGUGAGGGAUUCAGCCAUCCAGAUGACGCCUACAUACUGAAGGGCUCGUGUGGACUGGAGUACUCACUGGAGCUGACUGAGGAAGGCAAGAGGAGGCACAAGGGGGGCUCACACGGCUCAACAGGUGGCUUCAGUGACUUCGCUUCCAGCUUCUUCAAGGGUUCUUCAGACAACAACAACCAGCAUCACCAUAGCAACAACAGACAACAGAGUUCAACAGGGGAAGGAAAUUCCAGUGGGUUAGUGGUAGUCGCUCUGCUCUUGUUUCUGGCCUAUGGUGUGUACAAGCUUUUCCUGAGUGGACCGACGAAUCUAGGACAAGACGGGCAGUUCCCUGAUAACGGCUCCAAUACCCACAAUCCCCAUGGGCCACCACCUCCUGGAUUCAAGCCAGACUUCACAGGUUCCUCUUCAGGUUACCCAGGUGCUUCCGGGUUCCCCGGUGCUUCUGGGUUCCCCGGUUCUGCCGGAGGAUAUGCUGGUUCUGCUGGCUACGGUGCCAACCCUGGGUACGGGUUCCGCAGUGACUACAGUGGACAGCAGCAGCAGCACUUUGCAGGGGCCCGUGCUGCUAGAGGAACUGGGAAUAGUUUCUGGACUGGGAUGGGGACUGGAGGAGUCCUCGGUUAUCUGUUUGGGAGCCAAAGAAGCCAGACGCCGUACACAAACACCCACUCAAACUACUCUGCACCCAGAUCACCACCGACCGCAGCCCCUAGCACCGGAACACGUGCUGCUUCAGGCUUUGGAGGGACCAAGAGAAGAUAGAUGUCGAAGAUGGGCAGGAAGCCAUUGGCAGCUUUCCAUGAUGCCAGAAGAAAGCCAAGUGAUGUCAUCAGGGAUCUGGGACAAGCAUAGGUGGUCUGUACUUAAUUUGGUAGGGUUGCUGUGGAAUUGUCAAUAUUACAAUGAUUGAUAUUUAAAAGAUGAAUGACUCAAGAACUCUUAAAUGUUCCGUGUCUGCGGGAUAGGAAUGUAUAAUCGACUAACAGUUGAUCCAUCUUACCUGUAUGGCCACCCGUGUCCUGAAACUGCAAAUGUUUCAAUGGUUUUUAACUUGUUUUGAAUUUAACACAUAUUUCCUUGAUGCUUAGUUGAUAAGGUAAUUUCUAAAAUUCCUUUAGAAGGAAUGAUGUAUAAAUGUUUUUCUGGUUUGUUUAUCAGACUGCUGUGAAUGUGUUCUUCAAUGGCAGUGUUGAUACGAGUACAGUCACGUGUUACUGUUUUAAAUUGUAGGACAGACAACCUCUGUGGAAUUUCUCAGCUGGUCGUAUGUAUAAGGCUUUUCUUUCUUGUAUUAAAAACGAACAAAACAUG